UUAACGUGAAAUGGGGAAAAGAGAAAUUUGAUGGUGUGGAGCUUAACACUGACGAACCUCCAAUGGUCUUCAAAGCCCAGUUGUUUGCACUGACUGGAGUUCAGCCAGCUAGACAGAAGGUUAUGGUUAAAGGAGGAACUCUGAAGGAUGAUGACUGGGGGAACCUAAAAAUAAAGAAUGGGAUGACCUUAUUAAUGAUGGGUUCCGCAGAUGCACUUCCGGAAGAGCCAAUUGCUCGACCCAUCUUUGUAGAAGACAUGACAGAGGAGCAGUUGGCUUCAGCUAUGGAAUUACCAUGUGGAUUGACAAACCUUGGCAACACUUGCUACAUGAAUGCUACGGUUCAGUGUAUCCGCUCAGUGCCAGAAGUGAAAGAGGCCCUUAAAAGGUAUGGUGGUGCCUUAAGAACUUCAGGAGAAAUGGCCUCUGCUCAAUACAUCACUGCAGCUCUUAGAGACUUGUUUGAUUCCAUGGAUAAAACUUCCUCCAGUAUCCCACCUAUCAUUCUACUGCAGUUUUUGCAUAUGGCCUUCCCACAGUUUGCAGAGAAAGGUGAUCAAGGGCAGUACCUUCAGCAGGAUGCCAAUGAGUGCUGGGUGCAGAUGAUGAGGGUACUACAGCAGAAGCUGGAAGGCAUAGAAGGUGAUACAGUUAUGGAGACAGACUCUGGAGCUACAGCAGCAGCUUCUAAAAAGAAGAGUUUAAUUGAUCAGUUUUUCAGCAUUGAAUUUGAAACAGCCAUGAAAUGUACAGAAGCUGAAGAAGAGGAAGUAACUAAAGGAAAGGAGAAUCUGCUUCAGCUUAGCUGCUUUAUCAAUCAAGAAGUGAAAUAUCUGUUUACAGGACUAAAGUUGCGUCUUCAAGAGGAAAUCACCAAACUCUCUCCAACACUGCAGAGAAAUGCACUCUAUAUCAAAUCUUCUAAAAUUAGUCGCUUGCCAGCAUACCUGACUAUUCAGAUGGUUAGAUUUUUUUACAAAGAGAAAGAAUCUGUGAAUGCCAAAGUUCUUAAGGAUGUUAAAUUUCCUCUUAUGUUGGAUGUGUAUGAGCUGUGUACGCCAGACCUUCAAGAAAAAAUGGUUUCUUAUCGAUCAAAAUUCAAAGAUCUAGAAGACAAAAAAGUAAAUCAGCAGCCAAAGAAUUCUAGUAAAAGUGAUGGUGCACAGAAAGAAGUUAAAUACGAACCAUUCUCUUUUCCUGAUGAUAUUGGUUCUAAUAAUUGCGGCUAUUAUGACCUGCAGGCAGUGCUAACACAUCAAGGCCGAUCAAGUUCCUCUGGGCAUUACGUGUCUUGGGUUAAAAGGAAACAAGAUGAAUGGAUUAAAUUUGAUGAUGACAAAGUCAGCAUUGUUACACCAGAAGAUAUUUUGAGGUUAUCUGGGGGUGGAGACUGGCAUAUAGCUUAUGUUCUACUCUACGGACCUCGCAGAAUUGAAGUAAUUGAAGAUGAAGCUGAACAGUAGUCUUCAAUUUUAGUCAUUCUGCCUAGGUGUGAAAUAAAUGUUGAUUACUGAUCACUUCUUUAACCCCAGAGCUUUAGCAAGUGGAUAAAUAAUCUGUUCAAACCUUUUCAUGUGAAGAGGGACAUUGUUUCAAAACUGAUCCACGUACCAAUUAGUCACUACGGGACUGGACUGCACUGCCCACUGUGGUGGUGACAAUACUUAAAAUAGCUUUAAUGUCUUGCAGAAGAUAAUUUUUUUUUAAAUGAGCUUCUUCCCUGCCCCCCCCUCCUCUCUAAUGUCAUCAAGUAUUUAUUACACACCUGUUCUCACAUUUGUUACUCUUGCAUGGUUUAUACCACAGUUCAAUAGUAGCUGUCCAUCCUUGGCCUUACCUGGCAGUCUUGUUCGGAAGGUAGAGGAGAAACUGUUGGCUUGUUGCGUAACUCAGUGCUGCUGCCCAUAGCCAACAACCAUGGCUACAAUCAAGUAUUUGUCCAGCCUGACCUGCUGAUUCAGUCUGUUCUGUUGCUGGCAUCUCAUGGCUCUAAAAUAACUUGUGAUUGACAAUGUGUCUCCAGUAAAAAAUAGUCUUGGUAGUGUAGGUAGUAUGUUUCUGUUUUCACUUCUUGGGCCACCAAUGAUGAAUGUCUGAAAGCAGUCAUGUAAUAAACCCACUUUUUUUUUUAAGCUGUA